AUGUGGAAGGCAGCACUCUUGACCUUGGGUCUUUUGGUGGCACUGGUAGACAGGGUGGAAUCCAAUGAUGGCCAUCCCUCUAUCUAUGGGAUGAAGCUGUGUGGAAGAGAGUUCAUACGAGCUGUCAUCUUUACCUGUGGUGGCUCUCGCUGGAGGAGAAGCAUAGGAGACUCAGCUGUUAUUGGAGACGAAGACUUUGACCCAUGGAACACAAAUCCUGACCCUCAACUUACCAGCAAACAGGAUCCUGCAGUAUGGAAAACUCAGACUUUGGAUUUGGCAUCUGUGGCUGCGGGAUUCAGCCGCUCAGCUCGCACGCCACUCUCAGAGGAGAUGAUGGAGGCACUACGGAGCGCAGAUAGGAAAGGACGGGAUGUAGUGGUGGGACUGUCCAAUGCCUGUUGCAAGUGGGGCUGCAGCAAGAGCGAAAUCAGCUCCUUGUGCUGAACCUAGUUUCUUAAAUAUCCUGUCCUCUCAUCAGUGCAGAGCUCUAAUGUUCUUAUGUAAUUUCAUCCAUUUCUUAAACCCACUGUACCCCUCUCCACAUCAC